AUGUCGGACACAGAACUGGGUCCUAGUGAAAUACCAGAGGAGCCUAAAGCGGAUGAGGAAGUUAAACAAAAGCUAGUUCUAAUCGAGUUAAACCGACGAAAACGAGCCAGUAAACGUAGCACAACGAAAGCAAGGCAUCAUCUUGAGAAGUUAAUCAUUGAAAAGGCGGAGGUUGAUAUACAGGAACUGGAACAUCGUGUAGAGACACUGUGGCAAAUACUGGAAGAUACACAAGUUAUCAUGGAUGAAAUGUCUGCAUAUUUCAUGGAACAGAAAGAUUUCGAAAGUCAUAAGCUGGUGAUGCAAGAGUCGAAUGAGUUAGAGGGGGAUUGUCAGAAGGUCAUUGAAAAGACGCAGGCUGUUAUUGUUAAAUGUGCAUCAGAAAGCUGUGUGCUGAGUCCACCCAUACAGAAAACUGCCCCAAACACAGGGGGUGAAGCAGAAACCGAAGUCACAGAUAAUCAAGGGGUUUCCACUUCCGUAACUGGGGAUGAAGGUGAACUCGACAUAGCUGGUGACGUCACAAACCAGGGGCCCCAGGCAGUGGCUCCUGCAACAUUAGGGGGUAAUGAUCACCUACAACAACCGGUUACCGAGAACAGUAGUUCCACCUCAACGGGGUACCCUAGUCCGCAGCAUGAUGUUACAACAACAAGUAGUGGACAUGGAGAAACUGUUAUUAACCGUCGGCUGAAGCCAUUGGCUGUGCCAACCUUUGACGGAGACAAGAAAAAGUUUGAAGAGUUUUGGGGACUGUUCGUAAGCCUAGUAGAUAUGUCGAACGAACCAACUAGCUUAAAGAUGGCAAGACUUCGCCAAAGGUUAACUGGAAUAGCCCUGGACUGA